CGAAUCCACAUCUUUCUAUCCAAUCUUGUCUUGUUGCAGGGGCGUUCAUCGUCUCCACUCGCUCACCUUUUUACUUCUUCUUUCUCACACACCCCAGCACCAGAUCGUUCGCCGCAACGUAAUAUUCACGAUGCUUUUAUUUUUCCUCGUCCAGGGCUAGCCGGCAAUCGCCAACGUCAAAGCGUUUGUACAUCUAAGCGACAGUUUCAUCAUUUGAUAUCUGCUAUACUUGUGUUUACAGCUGUUUUCUAUCUCUUUCUUCUGCUCUUUCUUUGCAUUUUCUUGUUCUUGUCCUAUUAAUAUCUACGCCGGGGCGGCAAGGGACAAAAAAAAAAAAAACCUGACAUUCCCAAAUAUACACCAAAUCCAAGGUAUAUGUAUGGGCAAGGUACCUGAGUGGCAAGCAGCCACGGUACAUACCCAAGGUAGUCACAGACACUCCCUGUUCGGGC